CAAGUGAGCAUAAUAAUCCAUGCGCUUUGUAUAGGAGUUCUAUAGAACUUGUAUACAAAGCUUCAAAUUAUAUGUUGGAAUUCCACUAUAUCGCAAAACACCAAUGAAACGCUUUAAGCUUUUGCAUAUUCACGUUCCUAUUAAUUGACUAUAAAAUCGAACUUUGGCUUUUUACAUGUGCAUUUCAUUGAGUUCACUUCACGGUUCACUUUGCUGAGAUGGAGACGUAUGAAGAGUGCUGUUGCGAAAUGUUAGCGGUCGACAAGGACGACGAUGCAAUCCUAUCGCAAUUGGUGGACAGUUUUGAAAACGAGAACUCGUCCUUAACUGUAAAAACUAUUGAAGAGGAGGAAGUCGAAGAGCCUCAGCAAAGUCGUUUCAAGAAAAUGCAAGAGAGGAAUUUAGUAGAACUAGCAGAGGAUCGAUUCCAACUAAUACGAAGAGUAAAGCCAUGUGGGCUUUCCGCUUAUACCAAAAUUGGGCAAUGUGGCGAAAGAGGGGUGACUUUUCUAAAGAUGAGAAGUCUACCUGAGUGACGUUGUUAGCCAAUUCAUCGCUGAAGUUAGAAAGGAAGGAGGCGAACGAUAUCCCGCCAAAACAUUGCACGAGAUAGUGAGUAGUUUGCAGAAGUAUUUUGAAAUGAAGGGGAGAGUAGUUAAGUUUUUUGCAUAGUUAAGCAUUUGAAAAGCUAAGAAAAUCACUAGAUAUCGAAAUAAAAACUUCAACCAAUAACAAGCUAGGCUUGCAUCCCAAGCAGGCACAAGUAAUUUCUGAAGAAAUAGAAAAUUAUCUUUGGGAAAACAAAUUUCUGAGCGAUAGUUGUCCCAAAGUUCUGUUGAGAACAGCCCUUUAUUUAAUAGGUCUAAAUUUUGCCAUGAGGGCUGGGGAUGAACAUAGUAAAUUGACCAUAAGUAAUCUUUCAAUCAAUACUGAUUUCGAGGGGAGGGAAUAUUUGCUUUAUUCGGAGGGUGUGUCUAAAACUAUACAAGGUGGUUUGAAACAUCGCAAGUUAACGCCCAACGUUAGUAGGGCAUAUGCUAAUGUCCAAUGUCCAGAGCGAUGUGUGGUGCAAAUUGUUAAGACCUAUAUAAGGCGUUGUCCUAAAGAUGCAUUAGAAAAGGCUUUUUUAUUUAAAGCCUUUGCAAAAUUACAAGAAAGGAUAAUUAUGGUACUGUAGUGUUCCUUUGGGUCAUAAUACACUUAAGAAUGUAGUUCAGUCAAUGAUGAAGGAAACUGGGGUAGAUGGUUUU